ACAUCCAAACACACCUCCUUACUCUCUCACUCUCACUCUCUCUAUGACAUAGAUAAUCCCACUCUCAAAGCAAAGGCAAAGGCAAAGGGAAAAGCAAAAGCAAAAUGAGCAAACCACAGAGACCCCCAUCGGGCCGUACAAACUUAGCUUCAUGCAUAGUCGCCACAGUCUUCCUCAUCUUCGUUAUCAUCAUCAUCUUCAUCGUUUACUUCACUGUCUUCAAACCCCAUGACCCCAAAAUCUCCGUUAACGCCGUCAACCUCCCUUCCUUCUCCGUCUCUUACAACUCCUCCACCGUUAACUUCACUUUCUCCCAAUACGUCGCCGUUCGGAACCCAAACAAAGCCCCCUUCACUCACUACGACAGCACACUCCAGCUCCUCUAUUCGGGUAACCAAGUCGGGUUCAUGUUCAUACCCGCCGGCACAAUCGACUCGGGUCGGACCCAGUACAUGGCGGCCACUUUUGCUGUUCAGUCUUUCCCUUUGGUGGCCCCACAAACGGUGAGUGCAAUGGGACCCGUACAAGGUGGCGGUGGGUAUCGGGUCGGGCCGACAAUGGAGAUAGAGUCGAAGAUGGAGAUGGCGGGUCGGGUUCGGGUCUUGCAUAUCUUUACCCACCACGUGGACGCUAAAGCGGAUUGUAAGGUUGUCAUUGCUGUGAGUGAUGGAUCUGUCUUAGGUUUCCACUGCUAAUAAUUCUUUUUCUUUUCUUUUUUUUAUGAUUGUUAGUUUUUGUUGUUUUUUUGUUAGUUUUGGGAAAUUUGGUUGUAUGGGUAAUUUUAAUUUGGAUUACCCAAUUUGUUUUGGUGGAUGGUAAGUGUAAAAAUUGAUUUUUUUUUUUUUUUUUUUCCCUUCUAGUUAAGGUUUCUAGGUUUUUGAGGUUGUAAUGGGAAUUUUUUGGUUUUGUUGUAAAUUAUUAACUUGAUUAUGAGCUCAAGUUUUCGUUAGUGAACUAAAAAUUUAGGCUUAUGGGAGCAGUUUUGGGAAAGUUUUACUUUUUAUAA